GCAGAGUUCACUGUCACGUUGACAGUGGAGGAUUAAGGCUGUGCUUUGGGGGCACAGGCUGUCCUGCUACAAGCAGAGCCAAAGGGCCUCUGGGAAGGACAAGCGGAGGGGCCAGCGCUGGGGCCUCUGAUUCACUUCGCUGCCCCGUCUGGCUCCAAACCUCCAAGCCUGGGGUUAUGGGCAUUUGGUUGUAAUUCCUGAGGCCAAGAUGGUAUGGUGUCUGUGAGGAGGCUUGGUCAGCCACUUGAAGAGCGGCGAGAUACAGCUUCUUAUGACCAAAGGAGAAGGUGAAACAAAACAGUGCAGAAGCCAGAGCUCCAGGGGAGAGAGAAUAUGGAAGAGAAUCCAAGCAUGUAUCUGUCUGGAGCUGGGCCGGCCCAAGAUGAGGCGGAGAGCACAGCUGAGCAUCCUGUGCACCAAGAGCCCACCCAAGAGACACUUGAGCACCAAGUGAAAAGCAGGCAGCCUGAGACCUCCUGCAAACCAGAGGAGGACUCUUUGGUGUGUGAAUCAGCAACUACCGAUGGAGGAGAGACAACACCAUCAGAUUCAGCUGGCCCCACAGUAGAGGAGGUGGCUCCCCAAGAAACUGAAGUAUCACUGGACGAAUCUGGGAAGACAAGAGAUGGGGUCUCAGAAGGAUGCCUGGAAGAAGACAACUUGGGUCAAGCCAGCCUGGCUCAUGAUAAAAUGGAUGGCAAAGGAGACAGCCUUGUCCACCAGGAAACAUGGAAGGACCAGGAGACAAGCAAGCAAUGUGAAAGCUCCUACACAGCAGAGGAAGAUGCUUCAUCAAGAAGCAAGUCACUGAACUCUGACAGUAAAGAGACACAUUCGGACGUGACUGCCACAGAAGAUGUCACCAGGAGUCUCUUGGCAGAGAAGAGCACCAGUGCCCCUCUCCAAGACUGGGAGCCACAAGAGCACAUAGGGCAAGAAGCACAGGAGAGCGGGUCCCAAGGCACAUUAAGGAACAGACAUGGGACCAAAGGGCACACAGCCUCAAAGCCAGAGGCUCAGUGCUGCUUGCAGAAUGUCACCACACAAAACACAGACCAGGAGAAGGCCAAAGUGUCCCUCUUGCUGAAAGGUGAGGAAAAGAAUCUUCCCUCGUGCGUUACUCGUCGACCAGAAGUCAUUGAUCCUCCAGGAACAAGGCUUGUCGUCGUGAGCCUUGUGUUGCUUUGCUUCUGCCUAUUCUGCUUCGGCAACCCAAACUCCAAGUCCCAGCAAGCCCCCAAGAACCCCACGGUGGAGGCCUUUCUGUCCCAGUUCAACCAGCUGCAGGACAGGUUUCCGGGGCAGAGUCCCCACCUGUGGCUUCGUGGGCGCAAGUUCCUGCAGAAGCACCUCAAUGCGUCUCACCACACACAGCCGGCCAUCAUCAUCUUCACAGCUGCCCGCAAGGGUGAGCGGACCUUGCGAUGCCUUAGUGCCCGCGUGGCUGACACCUACUCAGCUGCCCUGCAUGCCAGCAUGGUCCAGAUCGAUGGCUUGGAUAUAUCCAGGCUCCAGAGUGAUGAGGCCAAGCUGGAGGUGGACUCAGAGCUGAGCUCAGCUUUCCAGGGUGGGGGCCGUGCUGCAGUGAUACACCGCUUCGAGUUGCUGCCGGCAGGGGCCACCCUCAUCUUCUACAAAUAUUGUGACCACGAAAGUGCUGCUUUCAAGGAUGUGGCCCUGCUGCUGACCGUGCUGCUGGAGGAGGAGAUGCUGGAGACCCACAUUAGCCUCCAGCAGGUGGAAGAGAGGGUCCGUGACUUCCUCUGGGCCAAGUUCAUCAACACCAGGACCCCCAGCUCCUACAACCACAUGGACUCAGACAAGCUGAGUGGGCUGUGGAGCCGCAUCUCCCACCUGGUCCUACCGAUCCACCCAGUGCAAACCAUCGAGAAGGGGGGCUGCCAUACCCACACCAAACCUUAGGGUCAAAAGAUGCCAGAGUCCCUGGAAGGGUUGGAAAGAUGGUCCUAGCUGGCUCCGGUGCAGGCAGAGGCACAACCAGUGCUAUUUCUCUUCAAUUUGUUUCCCAUACCUUCCUGCAAAGAAUUGGACAGGUACAAAUCGAUCCAGGCCAUUUGGCCAGCUGAGUCCUGGAAGUGAUAGAUCACAUACUUCCUUCUGGCAAAUGGAAAGACCAGGCAUUUUAGACUGCUAAUUGCACAGGAGGACAAGGCUGUGUGGGCAGGCAGGAGGGAAGACAAGACUUUGCAGGUAGUGUUUCUAUCAGGAAAUAAACAAAUAACGUACACAACGAUUACAGCAGAAAGAUAUUUCAACUCAGUAGCUCUUUCAUUUCUCCCUGCCCUUCAGUUUGCUAAUAUUGUAUAUAUCAGUCUCACAAUGUACUUCAUAUAGAAGGUUUUUCUCUCUUUGCAGAGAGCCGCUGGAACACAGGAAGGAUAAAUUCCACAAAGCCCAACAUUUUGAAGGCACGUUUCAAAAAGAAACCCAGUUUGCUAGUCAAAGAUUUGACCAGUCAGUUCUGAUAGAGUCCCACUUGCACAGACUGAAUGACACCCAGCAAAGACCAGAUCCUAAAUAUAGGAUGUUAAAAUAAACCUGCAAUUCAGAAAUCAAUUAAAACACCAAUCACAAGAAAAUUCAGGCUGUCAGCACUCAAAACAGUGCACUAAAGGGGGGGAUCACUUGAGGGGAUCUCAUAUGCCAGAGAAUAAGCUCCAAAGACAGAGAGCAAUGAAAGAGAAACCACCUUAUUGUCACUCUGAUAGUGUGAUGCCUCAAGGGAUUGCACAGGUGAAAGAAUGAGUAAUACAGUUUAAAUUAAUGCUCUCUCUCUCAAAAAAUAAGUCUAACUUCAAUUGCAUUGCCACCACAAGGCUAUGAGUAUCUCUUUGGGCUGAUGCAUCAGCUUUGGUCCUACACAAUAGAUCGUGCUUCCCCCAGAUCUCUGAACUGUGUGUAGGGCCUGCCUGCCUCUUCCCCACCUAACUUUUAUUGAUGAAUGUAGAGGUUAACAUUGAUAUCUAUUUCAUACCACUUAGGGCAGCACACCAGGUCCUUGCCUUCCAAAGGUACAUAUGCCUCCCUGCCAACCAGCUGGUGCCCUGAGAUGUGCUAAAGCAACUAGGACCAGAGCUGAGAUUAGCAGGUAAAGACAGUGUCUCUGGUGUUCACACUAAAAAUCCUCAACAAAGCAGGCUGGUUUCUUACCAUGCCUCCUCUUCUGCAUCCCAGGAAGAGAAAUCUGAGCCCUGGAAACACUGUGGUGCCCCUACAUACUGCAUUUCUACAGAUGCUCUGGGGCAAGGCAGCCAACUCAGGGAACACCUGAGGGGUGGGUGCAGGUUAUAGCAUUUGUAAUAAGCCUACAGUCAGCCCCAGGUGUCAGUCCCUUGUGCCUACAGUGCUGCUUGCUGGAGAAGGAGCAGCUGUAGCAGAGCAUGGCUUAUUUCCAUAUAAGCAGCAUAGACUGGGGCCUUGCAGACCCAGGCUCUGUAUCUGAAAAAGACACAAGUCAAGAACACUACAGUGUUUUUACAAGCAGCACAUCUGAGUGCUCCUUUCAGCAACUGGACAGGGUCUCCUGCCAACAGUGCCUUGCUGCCCUGCCCUGCCGAUGGCUCAGCGGAGGCACAGCCCUGUACCCUAAAACCACAGCCUGUCUCUUCUUUCCUCCUGCCGUGUGCCUUGACCUGUCUCAGAAGAUUUGUGGCCAUUACCUGGAGGAGGUGACAAAUUGAAGGAAGAUGAGGGGGUUAUUUAUUCAUGUUCUAACCAAAGAACAAAUUUUUUGGUUGGCUGGGGACAUGAAGACAAGACCACAGGGGUUUUAACUGUGAUACACACUGGCCUAGAUGUGAGAAUUACCUGCUGAAGCCCAGUAUCAGCAGGGCAGCCCAGGGCAUAGUUUUGUACAAGAUACAGGUUGCUUCCUCCCCUCCCUCCUUUUUAUUGCUAUACACUACAUUGGUAACAGAAAACACUGUUUCUGUUCUGUGCGGUUCAGUAUGGGCAUUGAUGUAAGCAUCAGCAGAACACCAUAUAUUGGUAGCUGGGCAUGAGUGGGGCUCCCCUGGGCUCAGUGUUGGGGCCAGUCUUGUUUAAUAUCUUUAUCAAUGAUCUGGAUGAGGGGAUCGAGUGCACCCUUGGUAAGUUUGCAGAUGACACUAAGUUGGGUGGGAGUGUUGAUCUGUUCGAGGAUAGGAAGGCUCUGCAGAGGGACCUGGACAGGCCGGAUCGAUGGGCCAAGGCCAAUUGUAUGAAGUUUAACAAGGCCAAGUGCCAAGUCCUACACUUGGGUCACAACAGCCCCAUGCAAUGCCACAGGCUUGGUGAAGAAUGGCUGGAAAGCUGCCCGGCAGAGAAGAACCUGGGGGUGUUGGUUGACAGCCGGCUGAACGUGAGCCAGCAGUGUGCCCAGGUGGCCAAGACAGCCACCAGCACCCUGGCUUUUAUCAGGAAUAGCGUGGCCAGCAGAAGCAGGGAAGUGAUCAUACCCCUGUACUUGGCACUGGUGAGGCUGCACCUUGAAUAUUGUGUUCAGUUUUGGGCCCCUCACUACAAGAAGGACACUGAGGUGCUGGAGCGUGUCCAGAGAAGGGCAAUGAAGCUGGUGAGGGGUCUGGAGAACAAGUCUGAUGAGGAGAUGUUGAGGGAACUGGGGUUGUUUAGCCUGGAGGAGGCUGAGGGGAGACCUUAUCACUCUCUACAACUACCUGAAAGGAGGUUGUAGUGAGGUGGGUGUUGGUGUCUUCUCCCAAGUUACUAGCGAUAGGAUGAGAUAAAAUGGCCUCAAGCUGUGUCAGGGGAGGUUUAGAUUGGAUAUUAGGAAAAAUUUCUUUACUGAAAGAGUGGUCAGACAUUGGAACAGGCUGCCCAGAGAGGUGGUAGAGUUGCCAUCCCUGGAGGUAUUUAAAAGAUGUGUAGACGUGGCACUUCAGGGCAUGGUUUAGGAGACAUGGUGGUGUUGGGCUGAUGGUUGGACUUGAUGAUCCUAGAGGUCUUUCCAACCUUAAAGAUUCUAUGAUUCUAUUAUUAAUCAUGUUAUGGCCAUAUCUUAAGGGAAAACUGUAUUUUAAUGUUAUCUUGCUCUCGGUUUUAUGUACUGUGUUUGUAAUGCAUAGCCAAGGUGUGCAAAGGCGCUUGCAUGCUGCUUGGGCAUGUUGCUGUAAGCAUCAUCCACCUAAGCUGUUCUAAUAAAGAGAUAUUUUUAUGACUUCUUGAAGACAAAA